CCAACGUGCGCGUUCUCUGGCACCUGUAGCCGUCGCGGCCAUUUUGCCUGAGGGCUCGCAGACAAAGCGCCCUGGAGAGGCCGGGCUGACGUCAUCGGUGGGCACGAUUGCGUAGGAGCAAAGUUCCUGAGGCCGCGUUGCCGCCAUUUUUUUUGAAGGCAUCUGCCAGUUCUGAUUCUCUAUGUGCCUUCAGCCAUCAAAUCUUUAGUUGUUAUCCACUCUAGUGGGCCCUUGUGAGGCCUGUUCCGGGUCUAUCUCGGCUUUAAUGACCGCACUCCGACCCUUGGGUCCGGGCCGGGCCGCCGCUUCUUGAGUCGGGAAGGCUCCGCAGACGCAGGCCCGGCAAGAAGAGGCGGCUGCCGGGUCGCCGGAUGGCAGUUCCCAUGGCUCCGCCUCUGGCCCCGCUCCCCGCCCGGGAACCAAAAGGAGCGGAUCCCGAGGGGAGGACAGCCGAGGCCGUGAGGUUCGCGGACGUGGCCGUGUACUUCUCCCGGGAGGAGUGGGGUUGUCUGCGCCCCCCGCAGAGAGCCCUGUACCGGGACGUGAUGCGGGAGACCUACGGCCACCUGGGCGCGCUCGGAUUCCGAGGCACCAAGCCAGCUCUCAUCUCCUGGGUGGAGGAAGAGGCCGAAUUGUGGAGUCCGGUUGCCCAGGAUCCGAAUGCGGGGCAGUGUCUGACAGAAGCAGACCGAGAUUCCAGAAACGAGGAGAGAGGACAAAGGGAAGGAACCAAGGUGCUGGAGAAGAUCUUGUCUAUGGAUGCUCGGCCCCCUGAGCCAAAGGCUCUCAGAUCCCAUCCUGCUGGACUCUCUGAGGGUUUGGAGCCACUGUCCAAGGUGCCUCGCCGGGGCCGCUUCCAACUCUGUGCCCAUCCACCUGUCCCCCGAGCAGACCAGCGCCAUGGCUGCUACGUGUGCGGGAAGAGUUUUGCCUGGCGCUCCACUCUGGUAGAGCACCUCUACACCCACAUGGGCCAGAAGCCCUUCCAUUGCCCUGACUGUGACAAGGGCUUCAGCCAGGCCUCCUCCCUGAGCAAGCACCGGGCCAUCCACCGCGGAGAGCGGCCCCACCGCUGUCCUGACUGCGGCCGGGCCUUCACCCAGCGCUCAGCCCUCACCACCCACCUCCGGGUCCACACAGGCGAGAAGCCUUACCACUGUGCUGACUGCGGCCGCUGCUUCAGCCAGAGCUCUGCCCUCUACCAGCACCAGCGUGUCCACAGUGGCGAGACCCCCUUCCCCUGUCCAGACUGCGGCCGCGCCUUUGCCCACGCCUCAGAUCUUCGGCGCCACAUGCGCACCCAUACGGGCGAGAAGCCCUACCCAUGCCCAGACUGUGGGCGCUGCUUCCGGCAGAGCUCCGAAAUGGCGGCCCACCGGCGUACCCACAGUGGCGAGCGCCCCUACCCCUGUCCCCAGUGUGGCAGGUGCUUCAGCCAGAAGUCAGCCAUGGCCAAGCACCAGUGGGUCCAUCGGCCUGGAGCUGGGGGGCGCCGGGGCCAGGGGGCCAGUGGGUUGCCUGUGUCCCAGGCCCCUGGCCAAGGGGACCUGGACCCACCUGUGGGCUUCCAGCACUACCCAGAGAUUUUCCAGGAGUGUGGAUGACAGCCUUGAAGGGGGCAAGGCAGAGGGUGAAGAUCUAGACAUUGCCUCAGGUCCAAGCUGGAUACUGGGAUCUGAGCCUCUACCGCAGCAUUCAGGGAGGCCACAGGACUCCUGGGGAAUGAGGACACUCUUGUCUUAGUCCUCACUAACUUAAUCUGCUGACACCUCACUCCCUACUGCCCCAGACUCUAGGAUCCCCUGUUGAUGAGUUAGGGUCAAGGUAAAAGCUCCCACUUGACCUUCAUUCUGAUGUGUUGAGGAGUUUGGGGGUAGAGGAGAACCUUGUUUUACCCACUGUCUUUUUACUUUAUUGCAGAAGUUAAAAACCAAGUGCCCCAUGUGCUGAAUCGGGCCUGUAGCCGCCACCUUUUUUGGCCCAGGCAGCCUUUUAAGGUGUUAGGAAUUAGUGGUCAAGAUUGAAAAGUCCUGAUAUUUCACAUAAAAAUCCAUGUUUCUGGCUUCUCAGAAAAUGCAAAGAUUUGGCAACUUGGCCUGAACUGUCACCAAGCCACAGUGGUCGGAGCCAAGUAGCAGCUGCCACUUUCCACAGAGCCCAUGCUCUCCAGUUUGCUCCAGCUAGCCACUCACUCCUCAUUGGCUCCUGGCUCCAAGUCCAGGCAGCAGAUGCCAUUUGUGGUGGUGCUUGUGCUUUAAGUGUUUGGGGUGUUUUUCCUGUAGUAGAGCAAAAAGGCAAGUGAAGUUUUUUCAAACACAUGUUUUUGUCAAAGCAGGCGUUCUCCAUCUGGCACUUUCCAUUCAUUUACACAACCUGCUGGGUGCUUGGAGUCAUUGGAGUUUGCAAACUCUGGUCUACAGCAUUCAGGUUUUCCCUCAGGGAUUCAGGUAAGAAACAUACCUGUGAAAAUGUGGUAGGAAAGAAGUAAAAGAUCGUUGAGAUCUUUGCUUGUAUGGCAUUUUAAGGUAGACAAAGUAGUGUCCUGCCCAUCAGCUCAGGUGUCACCCUGGAGGAGGGAGCAGCUUGCUUAGUGAGGGCACCCCAAUCAGGAAGAGGCAGUUGAGCCAAGCUUCUGCCAUGCCACAGCACCACUCUCAGCUGACCGGCACUUCCUGGUUUUGAAGGGAAAGACACAGCUCCCUCCGGUCCUCCUCGGGCCCCCCUGGGAGCCCUCUGCCCCCUGCCUUCUCAGCCACCAUAGACCCAGUCAGGAGCACUUCAACACAUUUUUGAACUGGAGGAGAUCUUAGUUUCCCCUCCUUUUGCAGUUGGGGGUACUGAGACCAGGGAAGGAUAAGCAACCUGUCCACGUCUCACAGAGACUCCAGGGCUCCUAGUUCUCUGCUGUCUCUACCACACCAUUCCUGAGUUCUUCGUCAGUGUCUCAGCCAGGGUUCUGGAGACAUCUGCCCACACAUUCCCUGUGCUGACACCCAGGCACUGACUGGGACUAGGGACAGACUAGUCCAGUGUCAAUGAAGCCCAGGUACAAGGCCAGGUGUAUGGGAAUCUGGGGCCAGGCGAGUAGGGGGGCUCUGAGUGUGCCCAGGUGCCCUAGGUCUCCUGCACCAUGUCCUGGUACGGGGCUCCCUGCAUGGGCCCCAGACAUUCCAAAGCUUUUUUUGGAGCUGUCCUGUUAGGCUGGCUUUUCCCUUUCUUUGGUCUGUUAUGCCAAAAGCAAAGCUUGCAUCUUCACCUAAGUACCCAGUCAUGAACAAACGGGGACAAGGCAAGGAACAAUUGGGGUUAGAUCUGUAACCAGAGGGGACUGCAGCCAUCUAUAAUCCCAGGCUCAACCCAGAAUCCCUCCCCUCCCACCUUAUGACUCUGUUAUCCAUCUAUCUGUAGUUUCUUUGUGGUUAGAGUCCCAUCUUGUCCAGAUGACAGAAGCAGCCAGUCCCAGGGAGACCCCAUCCUGCCUCCAGGCAGGCUCCUGUCCUCUGCUGGCCUGUGUGCACUUGUCCUUUUCACCCAUCUCAGCCCUGUGUCUGGCCUACUUUGGGGAGGGAGAAACUGGAUUUGUUGAUAUGGAGAAAUGGCUAAAGGAAGAGAGAAGUUUUGGGAUAAACACCAUUCAGGUGAAGUAAUGAGCUGGCCUGACUCCAACCUUAUCAUCACAUCUGACUCCACCAAGGCCUCCCUGACCCUAAGCUUGUCUGGGGGAGGACUGCUUCAUGUGCCCGUUUGUCACAAGGUGGCCAUGGAGUAAGAAAAAGCAUUGUGGCAGGAGGAGCUACCUCUGUGCCAGCUGUUAAUCCCCCAGAGGAGCCAGUAUACAACCCCGUCCCCACCCCUAAGCCUCCGUAUGGCCUGGGUAAAGCCCAGCUUGCAACACAAGUUCUCAGCCCAGACUUGAAGCCUGACCUGGACCUGCCCUCAGUGUGCCAUGAAGGGUGCCGUAAUUACAACUUUCUCUGUUACUUUGAAACUUGCAAUACUUGCUUAGGGCCCAGAAACCAGAGCCCACUUCUCGGCUUCCUGCCCUCGUGACCCAACCUUGACUAUCCCAACAGUAUUUUUUGAGUGUUACGAAGCCUUUCAGCUUCAGCCUUCGUCCGUUCUUAGCUCCUCAUUUCUUGGCAUGGACGCUUUCCAUCAAAGGGCACCCUUUACUCUGCCACCACAGAAACAAUUUUUUAAACCAGGAGGAAGGCUUUUCUAGGGCUUAACUGGUUUUUGGACCAGGCCAGGAGAAAUGCUUGUCUGUACCAGACAGAAUGAGCACCAUCUCUGCAAGGCCAGCACGAGUGAGAAGUAAACCCCUCAAUGACAUGGCCGAUCCCUAGCUUGCCAAGCCUUUAAAAAGAGGGAGGAAAUUCAUCUGAUCUGCAAAGACCCCAAAGUACCUCAGAAUGUUUUGUGUAUAUGCCUUUUUCUAGGAACUGGAUGUGCAAAAAUGUGUCCCAGAGAAGUUUAAGAUGUCUCCUAAGCCAGUUUUCAAACGAAAUCCCCCAUCACAGAAUCAGAUGGUGUACCUUUUAAAAAUGUAGCUCCCCAGGCCCUGCCCUUAGCCUACUGAUUAGGAUCUCUAGGGAUAGAAUCUUAUUCUUCCUAUAGUUUGAAAACACUGCUCUCAACAACAAAAAAAGUCACUUUCUAGCUGCUCUUUGUUUUGCAAGAGUCAGGGUUGGUUCCAGGGCCUGUUCCCACCGUGUCAGGCCAAGGAUGACCUCAUCAUUCGCAAAGACCCCCAUGUUUCUUCCAGAAGGGCCUCCAUGCCAUGGCUGGCCUCCUCCUGGGUGCCUCAAAUCAAGUUCAGUAUCCUAGGCCAUCUCAUCUAGCAUCUGACAGAGGGACUCGUACAGGUCUUGUCCUUCAUGUGCAAUGCACUCAGAGGCCCCUCUCACACUGAGGGCCUUUGUGAGGGCUCUGCCUUGUGUGGGGCUUGCUGUUUUGGCCAAGUUGCUGGACCAUGAGCCCUGGGUACAUGCAGAAUGGCUGCUGGGCCCUGGACAAAGUGGCUGCCCAAUUUAGGACAUGCCCACAGCUCCUCACCAUGGACACAGCGGAAGAACAAGGCUCAGUGCACUCCCGGGUUUUUCCUGCCUUGGAUGAGCCGGUGCUGCUUCAAGUUGGAGCUCUCAUCAGAGGUGUCCCUGUGCUUGGAACCUUUCACUGCUGUGGGCAUGUGGCAGGCAGAGGCUGGCCUCUCCAAGGCUGGUUCCACAGACAGGGCUCUGGUGUUGGGGAGGCUGUCUGGAGGUUGCUGCUUUUCUCCCACUAGCACCAUUGAGGCUGAAUUACCAUGUGGAAGCUCUGGCCCAGGUCCUGCCAUACUUGGGGCUUGGGACCCAUGAUAUGAAGACAGCAGGCUGUGGACCAGAGGCCUUGCCACACACUUUGCAGGGUACGGUUACUCUCUGACAUGAAUAAGCAGGUUGGAGGCCAGAGAAGAGUGUCUUGUGAAGGAGAUAUUUCUCACCUGUGGGAGUGCUCUGGGUAUGCGCCAGGUACAACUGUUCCCUCAGCUGUGCACUCGUAGGGGGUCCUGCCUGUGUGCCGGACUUUAGUGCUGGACAUUGGAAGCCGUUCUUAGAAAAGGUUGUAGGGCAAACCCCACAGACAUUGGGAUGGGAGGGAGGCAUGGAGGGCAGAAAGGAAGAUCUUCAUUUGUAGGAAGGUCUCUGUGAUUCUAUUGACAUCAUUCUCUCCAGCCUUUUAGCACUUGGAAUUCUCCAAAUUUCUUGUUCUUAGCUCUUUUCCGGUGAGUGGAAGAUACCACCUUUCCUCUCAACCAGUUUUUUCUCUCCGUUUGUUCGGGUAGGCAGCAAGGAAACACAGACUCAAUAGCUCCUGCAUCAUUCACAUGGGAGAAUUUGGCUCCCUAGCUGUCAAGCACACUACCAAACUAGUUCCAGCAGGAAGGGGAGGAAAGGGACGAGAACUGGAUCCCAUUAAGUUGUCUUUCCAGGUCACUUUCUCCUUGAUUCAAAGCUUCACCUGGGGCAGUGUUUCUCGAGUUCUCAUCCUCUAAAAGCCUCCAAUCAAGUUAGACGGGACUGGGGAAUUCUAAGCUGCCUUCAAGGCCAGCUGGUUCUCUGCCCACUUCCCCUCCUCAGCUGACAGAGAGGAAUGCCUACAGGAUUCGGCCUCUCUUGAGAGUAUGCGGGACCAGGGCUUAAGGUUUCCAGGCUUUGGGGACAGGACGGCACACAAAAAAGGAGCCUCCCCUCAGCGGGAGAAUCCCCGGGCUGCCUCC